UAGCUGAACAAUAAAUGAAUGAGAAAGUUUUGAGAGCUUCAUUUUGGCUUUGGUAGCAUCCUCCGCAGAAUCAAAAUUGUCAUUGGAAAGAUGUCGAACACCCUGCUACGCGCGGCGACUCGUGGUGGUUCCCUACGCGCCACCUUCACCCGACGGUUCUCCACCGACGCAUUGGUCGAAGCAAAACCAGGCGAGAUCGGAUUGGUUUCUGGAAUCCCACAGGAACACCUCCGCAGAAGGGUUUUGAUUUACUCUCCUGCUAGAACUGCUGGUCAACAAGGAUCUGGAAAUGUUGGAAGAUGGAGGAUCAACUUCUUAUCUACCCAAAAGUGGGAAAAUCCACUGAUGGGGUGGACAUCCACUGGGGACCCAUAUGCCCAUGUUGGUGAUUCUGCCUUGGAUUUUGACAGUGAAGAAGCUGCAAAGGAAUUUGCAGAGAGGCAUGGUUGGGAAUAUGUGGUCAAGAAGCACCACACACCAUUGCUGAAGGUUAAGCUAUAUGCAGACAACUUUAAAUGGAAGGGUCCACCCAAGACUGCUGAACAGUGAUUUACUGUUUGUAUUGUUCGUGUGUUUUAUCUUCAGGAGUUUCUUAGUGAAGCAGUUUUCUCUGCAUAUUUUUGUGUGAAAGAGAAAGUUAAAAUGUGAAUUUCUGAUUAAAAAUAAAUGACUGACCUGCCAUUGCCUUUGCUUUCCUUUGUGAUGUCAUCUGCAUCUAUUGAUGAUUAAUCUGGAGUUUCUGGACCCUAUGUAAUUCUGCGAUUCGGCGAUUAUAUGCAGUCCCCGCGAAACGAGUAAUAAUUUUUAUAGGCUUUACUAAUACAGUCAAUGACCUUAACUUUAUGAAUAUAACCGGCAAGAGAUUUGUGCGUU